CAUUUGGCAGCUAUGGCUGCUUCCGCAUCAGAAAAAAUCUGGUAUUUUGAAGUGUCGGAGCCAACCACACACCCCAAGGGAUUCACCAUUUAUAAGGUUACUGCUAAGGUUUUUCCUGUGAAUGCUCCAGAGAGUUUGACAGAGAUUGUGAUAUGGAAGCGUUACAAUGACUUCAAGCAGCUGUACAAGUCCAUGUCCAGUCUCCACAAGUCUCUGCACAGACGGGAGGAGUUUCCAUUGUUUGCUAAACCAAAACUGUUUGGACGGUUUGAUGCGGAUGUGAUUGAGGAGCGACGCACCAGUGCCCUUGAUCUACUCAACUUUAUCGGCCGUCAAUGUCACCUGUACCGUUCCAUGAUCUUCAGCAAGUUUUUAGAGGGAGGUACGGUAGUUGAAGGUCUCUCUGGGAAAGUGUUGAAGCCAUCCAGACUCGAUAUUCUCCAGGCCAGCCCUGCCCCAGUACCAGGGACUAUAGGAAACCAGACCAGCACACGUCCGGAGUCAGGCACACGUCCGGAGUCAGGCACCAGUGAAGCUGUUGACAGCAAAGCACAUGAGGAGACAGAUAAAACUGAGUUGCAGGGGGACAAUAACAAGGAGCCAUUACUUGAAGGUGUUUGGAACUUUCCUGCAGUUCCUGACAACAUCAGCUUGAAUUCCUAUGAUGAUGAUACAGAUGUGGACUCCACCCUGGGGACGCCCCUCCCUCAGUCUGAUCUUGCAUUCUUUGACCCCCUUGGGAAGGAUAAAGAGGAGGAUGGGGAGGAUGAGGGGUCAGGCCUCCGUACCAGCAAGAGCUGGAUCCAGGAGGCAGUCAACACUUGUAAUGAGAUGGACAUUGCCGAGACAUCAACUGGAGAUGACCAGAAUUUGACCACUGAUGGUCUUGACCACCAUACUGCUGGGCUGCAGUUUUCCAUUGAUUCACGCAGCGAACUCACCGACUCAACCAGUUCCAGCACUCUCUCUCAAUCAACUCAGUCCACCGUUCAAGAUGUCAGCGAAUUUGACCCCUUAUGUCAGAUGACCCCUAGGAAGGGAAGCAUCGGGUCAAAGGUCGUUGUGGGGAAAAGUGACCUUGACAUUUCACAGAUGACUGGUUUCACUUCAAGUAGUUCUGCAAGUAUAGAAUCUUCUUCAAGCAACAUGUCUACACCAAGAAAAACUUCGAAGAAACCAUCCAAGUUUAUGUCCUCCCAGGCUCGCCAGCGUUCAAUCACCAAGGAAAGCGUGUCAACAAUGGAUCUGGGUCACUCAGAUGAUUACAUCCACAUGGCUGCACGGCAGAUCUGUCUCGCUCAGGAGUAUGAAGCAAGCAGCCAGUUUGAGCUGGCGUUCGCUACAUACAAGAGUUGUGUGGGGAUACUAUUGCAGGGAGUGCAAGGUGACGGUAACAAGAGUCGUCGAGACGCAGUGCGCAGGAAGACGGCCCAGUACCUAAUGAAGGCUGAAGACCUUUAUAACAGACACCUGGCUAGCGAGGCAUCUGACGAACAGAGAUGGGCGAUGGACAGCACCCUGAGCCCCUCAACGGAGGUUGACCCCUCACUGACCUUUCUGCGGGCUCCGGCCAGCGAGUUGAAGAAGUUUAAAGUUCUGGGAACCAUUGACAAAGUCAUCCUGGUACUUGAUAGGGCAACAGAGGAGACUUAUGUCAUCAAGAGGCUGUAUAAAUCGGCAAAAGGGAACAGAAACCGUCGCAACGUUCUCCCCACCUCAUGUCCAUAUAUGGUGAACCUUCACAAGUUUUAUGAGACCAAGAGCACCAUCUACCUCCUGCUUCAGUACGCAAGUGGAGGCAAACUCUGGGACUACGUGGGGGCAUACCUACGGGCAGCUCAGGACCUCGCCCGGGAGGGUGGGCCUGGGGGUGGGGAGGGGACGCAUGGGCAGGAUUUUCAGAAUGUUUACACUGGGUUCAAGGUACAUCACUCUGAUAACAGGAGGGAAUCAUUUAUUAAGGAAAACGGUUCUGAUGGAAGUACAGUUACUUCCCCUACUUCUCCUUUAGAGAGUGAUAUUAAAAGUAUCUCCCCUGUUGAUGACAGUAGUGCAGUUGUUUCCCCUAUGGAUGGGAAUAGUGCAGUUACUUCCCCUAUUGAAACAAAGAGUGGGUUAGGAGAUCAGGUUGUGUUUAAUAAGGAGGGGGGUAAUGUGUAUUUAUCGGAGCCAUCUUCUGGAGCUAAACAAGACUUAAGUGUGGGUGAUUUUCAGCUCGAUCUUAAUGGCGGAAAAAUGGUUUUUAGUGACAUUUCUUCACCGGUGGUUGAGAAUGAUAACCAGAAUAGUGCAAUAGUGGGUGAUACUGAUGAUGAUGUUGAUGAAAAUAGUGUUCUUGAUUCAACUGAUGAUACAAAUAAAGUGCAAUAUCAAAGAUUUACAAGCUUUUCUUCAGAAGAAAACAUGGAUGAUGAUUUAGAUAAAUCCACAAGUUAUCCACCUCAAAUUGAACGUCAAAUUUCCUCUGGUGCACAAUUUCAAGACCUCUUAAACACAAACACAAAAAAGACACCUCUCGAAAACUUUAGCAUUAAUAGUUUUGAUAGUGGUGAUGGAUUUUUAAGAGUUGAUAGUAAUGUAUCAGACAAUAUAGAGGUCAUUCAAGAAGUCAAUGAAAAUGGCUGUGAUACGGAUGUUUUUAACUGUGAUUAUACAACAGACAAACCAGAUGCUCAAAAUGUGGCUCAGAACAAAAGUGAUGUAGAUAUAAACAAUGAUAUUGAACCAUAUUUUCUAGACAAUCAGGACACACAGAGCCAACCAUGGAAAGGUUUAGAUGAUAAAAGUGAUAGAAAUGAUAAAGCAGAUACUAGUACUAGUAGUAGUGAAGAUGAAAUUAUAAAAAGCUCAAAAGCUUUGCUGAGAAAUGUAGAAAGGACGCUGUCUCAAAUAGAUUUUGAGGGAAAUGAGAAACCCGACCUAGAAAGUCUCGAAAAAGACAAAAUUCUUGAUAGUGAAACAAAGACAGAAGGUAAAACUGAGUCAGAAAUUGAAACUAAGACACAAACUGAGGAGCCAAGUAUCUAUGACUUCUAUCGCCAUAGCGACACAGACAGUCACUCAGAAACGCCAUCUGUUGACAAUAGUUUUCCAAUGCCUGAGCUAUCUAAUUUGAACAAUAACAGUGAUUUGGUUGUUAACAAUUUAUUACAAACCGACCAUAACUUUGGAAAUGGUUUUGACGAUAACGAUAAUGAAUCAUUAAACAGUUCUCACCAAAGCUCGCAAGAAAAGUCGCGCACAUCAUCAGAUAUUUCCACUCCUAGAAAACUGACUCUUCCACGAUUAAACUCCACGGAAUUAAGUAGAUCUGCUUCGACUGUGGAGGAGUCAAGUUCACCGAUGAAGGCUCGGCAAAGGACUAUAUCACACCUUUUUGAACAGCUUGAUAUAUCCGCUCAAACCCCGGAACAAGUCAAGAUUCCAGAGUCCUUCAUCUGUCGGUGGGCAGCUGAAAUCAUUGUAGCUCUAUCCAGGCUGCAUGCCCUUGGAAUUAUUUGUAGGGACUUGAAGCCGGACAAUGUGUUGCUAGGCGACCAGGGCCAUGCGACCUUGACCUACUUCUGUCAGGUUAACCAGGUAGAUGAGGUCACAGACUUUGAUGCUGUCAGCAAUCUGUAUGUUGCUCCUGAGGUGCUGGGUAUUGGAGGUUACACAGAGACAUGUGAUUGGUGGAGCCUUGGAGUGCUGUUGUACGAGCUGCUUGUUGGAAGGAGCCUGUUAUCCUGUCACCCUGGGGGCAUCACAUCCCACACGCAGCUGUUUAUACCUGACCACCUCACACAAGAAGCCAGGUCUCUUCUGCAGCAGUUACUCGUAUACAGCCCACGCGAACGUCUUGGGGCAGGGCUACAUGGGGUGGAGGAAAUCAAGGUCCACCCAUUCUUCCAGGGAACAGACUGGAACGGCAUAGAAUUGUGAACCAGUCUUAGUGUAUCGAAAUUUGACUAGAAAAUGUGACGCAGUGAACCAAUCUAGAACACUUAGAAAUAUAAACCAGACUCAUGGACUGAGCUGUUAACCAAUCCAGGAGGGUUAGAAGAAAUGUUCAGCAUGCCUGAAUUGAGAUUAACUCUUUAAGUAAGAAGCCACUAAAUAACGUUCCAAUAGCCUCAAAUGCUCAUUCUGUAAUAUUGACAGGCUAUUGCCAAGCUGACAGAGCGGCAAUUGACCAUCAAAACCAAUCAUAGCCGAAAUAUUCAGCUCUUACUUUACAAAGACAAAAUUUAGAAAUUAUUAUUUGAUAUAUAAAAUGCCAUGCACAUGCAAAUUUGCUGGAGUCCCUCGGUUUAAAUAUAGAUAUACAACUGUAAAAAAAGUAAAAAAAACCUCUCACACAGUUUCCUGAAAAGGUCAGCAAUUUAUCAACCACAUGGCAUUUGUAUGAUAUCUUUCUUUACCAUUUCUAUCUAUUUUGCAGCAAGACAAUAGGUUUUUAUACUUAGUGCCAAGCGGUUGUGAUAGUUGGAGAUUUAUUAUUUUACACAUAUUAGUUUCAGGAUAUCUGGGACUUGAUCAAAUUGAAUGUUUGUGUCAAUGGUUAUGAAUUUCUAGAUUUGGUUUAUGUGUCAGGGUAUAUAAAAUAUGAUUUUAUGUGUUUUCCCAAUAGUACCAUUAGACCCUAAAUCAUUCACCUCUCUGGCGCGUAGCUGACUGUACGCAAAUAUGCAGUUGCGUAAUAAAAUUUUGACAGGUCGAAGUUUUUGUUAAAAACCUGAAUUUCAAAAAAACAAAAACACAGAAGGGUGAAGAGGUGAAGGGGUUUAUUAGCUGUCAGGCAUCCGUGUUAUCCCAAAUUGGCCCUAGCUACGCGCCCGCCUGUCCUUUAACUGCUGUGUUUCAAAUCACCAUCAUUAGUAGUCCAAAUAAAUCCACUCGACUACAUGUAUUAGUGUUUUGGCUCUACAACAUGUACUGAUCUCACGUUAUAUGAUAUUGUUCUGUUCAGAUAUAUUCAAUUGUUUUGUUUAGAUAUUAUAAAUUUUUCCGUUCAGAUAUAUUUCAUUGUUCAAUUCAUAAUUGAAAUUUAGUUUUUUAACCAUAAUAAUAUUGUUGUACAAUAACUGUGUUUUAUCAAAUAUUUCUACGUAAAAUAAGCACAUGUGUCAGCUAUUAGCAUGAUUUACUUUUACAUGUAAGAACAAAAUAAGCAAAGAACAAAAUAUACUAUUGAUCAGCCAUAAAAAAACAGAGAAUUGUAUCGUUAGACAUUAUUAUGUCUCCCCCAUUCAUGGGGAGACAUAUUGUUUUUGCCCUGUCCGUCAGUCAGUCAGUCAGUCCGUACGUCAAACUUCGUUUCCGCUCAAUAACAAAAGAACGCUUGAACCCAGGAACUUCAAACUUGUUAUGCUAGUUGGUUGUGACUUGUAGAUGACCCCUUGAUUUUGAGAUAACUAGGUAAAAGGUCAAGGUCGCUGUGACCUUGAGGUAAAGAAACGGUUUCCGCUCAAUAACUAAAGAUCCUUUGGGUCCAGGAACUUCAUACUUGAUAUGCUAGUUGUUCGGGACUAGUAGGUGACCCCUAUUGAUUUUGAGAUCAAAAGGUCAAAUGUCAAGGUUACCCUCAGGUUAAAAACAAUAUGUUGGUGGUGACCUUAAGCUUAAAAAUGGUUUCUGCUCAAUAACUAAAGAACGCUUGUACCCAGGAACUUCAUACUUGGUAUGCUAGUUGGUCAUGACUAGUAGAUGACUCCUAUUGAUUUUGAGAUCAGUAGGUCAAAGGUCAAGGUCACUGACCUUGAGGUGAAGAAACGGUUUCCGCUCAAUAAAUAAAGAACGCUUGCACCCAGAAACUUCAUACUUGGUAUGCUAGUUGGUCAUGACUAGUAGAUGACCCCAAUUGAUUAUGAGAUCACUAGGUCAAAGGUCACAGUCGCAGUAGAUAUUCACUAUUUAACAAGGGUGAAUAAACCAAACUUCACUGUUCUCUAGUCCAAACUUCCAAAUUUCAUGUCCAUCAUUUAUUUUUUCUCAGAUACAACCACACAAUAGAGGACACAAGGGCUUUUUCAAAAAAGCAAUCUCUAGUUUAUAUUGUUUUGGAAAUUAGAAUUUAAUAAUUGUGUCAUAUGUUUUAUUUUUUAUUUUUUAACACUCCUUAUUUAAUAUGUCAUAUGUUUUAAGUAUGCCAACUUCGCAUGAAUGCAAGUGCCAUGUCAGUUUUAUUAGAUUGGAAUUGUUUAGAUGAUACAGUUUAUAAAAUGUGUUUGUUUUAUUCAGGAUUUUAUCUGAUGACAUUCUGUUAUUAUGAUUGAUAUAUUUCAAAUAAUUAUAAAUAACACAUAAAAUACA